CUCUCGCAGUUCAUCACUGCAGGACCGAGAGUCCAGCCUCUUUUGCACCAGGGUUGAUGCCUCCGGUGGCAUUUUGGUGAGCGGGACGCCACGGGACAGCAGGGACGGCAGCUUUUGACCUAUGGGAAUACUUCUCAACAUUGGAGAGAGAAUACCCAACAAUCAGAUUUGAAAUAAAGGGAUUAACUGUUCUACCACCAUCAGCACCUCCAAACAAACUCAAUUGCUCUGCAGCCUUUACCCAAUAUUUCAAAUUCUUCUUGGCAAUCAUGUCCAGGAGAAAGGUGAGAGGGCUGACCCGUACGGGCCGUCAGGUGAGCGAAGACCCAGACCUGGACAACCUGCUGUCCACUCUCUCCCCGGAGGAGGUGGAGGAGCUGGAGAAGGACAUGAUGAAAGUGCCAGACAUCAAGCCGGAGGACGGCGUCCAAGGGGAGAGCCAAGCCGGGCAGCCGCCCACAAGCAACAACGUUCGGGACGCUAAACCGGACAGCCGACGAGAGAGUGACCGUAAAGGGAGGCUCAGUGAGAGGGAACAGUCAUUAGAGGGUGAUACAAAGAAGGAGAGCCGGAAGCAGGCAUAUCUGAGAAAAAUGGGCCUGAGCCAGGAGGGGAACGACGACGUGACAGAAGGGCUUCAAAGUAGUAUUUCAAGUGAAAGAGAUUCUAAGGUCGACAGCAGAAACAGCAAAGGUCCUGAAGGUCUGAAAGAGGAGCGAAGUCGUCUUUCGAGUAGAUACUUGAAGCAAGAAAGCAGAGAGAGUGACGUGAAAGAGGAGAACAAAGAGAAACAUGAGGACGACAAGAUAAGAGACAGGAGAGAGAACAGAGAGAGCACGGGCAGCAAAACAAAGGACAUGAUCUCAAAGUUACAGGAAAAAAAGGAUGACGGCAAAGAGGGGAAAGAAGACUGCAGGAGACGAGACGAGAGCAAAACCAGAGACAUUAUCUCAAAGCUACGAGAAAAGCACGAGAAGGAUCCUGGAAAGGAAAAGGAGAGAAGAUCCGAGAGUUUCAGGACACAAGGACUUGUCUCUAAAAUGUUGGAGAAGCAGAGCAAAGCACCAGAAAGCCCGGCCCCGCAGAGUAAAACAGAAGAGAAGAAACCCAAAGCAGAGGAGAAGAAAGCUGAAGAUAAAAACAAGCCUGAGGUAAAACUUGAGCGACAGCCGUCAGAGAGAGGUGAAGUGCAGGUGAAACAUGACAAGGCGGAGAAAAGGACCGAUAGAGAAGAGCUGGUUAACCACAGCGACCACGUGAAGGAGAAGGAGAAGAAGAUAAGCACGGAGAAGAAAGUAGAGGAGAAAAAGGAAAAAGAGGAAAAGAAUGGAAAAGAAACGGAGAAACUUGACAACUGUGUGGCCAAAAACACUCCAAACAGCAAGGCGAAAGAGGAAGAGGAGGAGGACGAAGACUCCAGCAUGUUUGACGAGCUGAUGGAGCAGGUUCGCAGCAACGACCCCACCCUCACUGAGCUCAACGUCAACAACUCGGAGGUCAUCAAGACCAAGACGCUCAUCGAGUUUGCGGAGGCUUUGCACAAGAACACCAACGUGAAGAAGUUAGCUCUGGCCAACUGCCGCGCAGACGAUCAUGUGGCUUACGCCAUCGCGGGGACGCUGCGCAGCAACAACACCAUCACCAGCAUCAACGUGGACUCCAACCAUCUCACCGGAAAGGGCAUCCUGUCCCUGAUCCAGGCGCUGCCACACAACUCCACGCUUACCGAGCUCCGCUUUCAAAACCAGCGUCACAUCUGCGGCGGGAAGACGGAGAUGGAGAUGACCAAGAUCCUGAAGGAAAACACCACCCUGGUCAAACUGGGCUACCACUUUGAGUUGGCCGGACCCAGAAUGACCACGACAAACAUACUGAGUCGCAACAUGGACCGACAGAGGCAGAAGCGCCUGCAGGAGCAGAAGCAGGCCCAGCAGGCCAACGGGGAGAAGAAGGGGAUGCUGGAGGUACCCAAGGUGGGUGGAGGAGGAGGAUCUCUGAGAAACUCACCCAGGGCUUCCCCCAAACCUUCUCCCAUACCGUCACCUGUUCCAUCGCCAAAGCUGACUCCUAAAAGAGGAGCUGGAGGUCCGGCUCCACCACCACCUCCUCCUCCUCCCCCUGGUGGUGCACCCCCUCCUCCUCCGCCUCCUAUGCUGGAUGUAGACUCCCUGAGGAACUCUCUGACCCCGGUGUCAAAGAGGAAACUGGAUGGAAAAAGCCCGGCCGGUGGCAAGAACACAAGGGACCAACUGCUUGCCUCAAUCAGAGGAACCGAUAAGAAACAACUCAAGAACGUGCCGGUGCCAAAGUGGUUGCAGUAAUAUUUUCCUGUUGGAAUAUGAAGUGAAAAAAGGAAGAGAGCGGGAGAACAGACAUUUCACCACAGGUUCUUUAAGGAGAUAAUCUCAAAAUUACCCGGAUGCAGUAGAAGAACUGCGCCGCGGGACAGAUGGAGAAAGUGAAACAUGACAUGCCCGUUGGUUGGAUGACUCGUCCUCACUAUGAGUUCUCCCCUCAAACACUGGACCAAAAGGACUCUGUGGAGAACGAGUGAUGCGGGGCUCUCUAUUAACCGACAGCAAAGAGUGCCAUGAGUGUUGUGGUUGUUGUUGUCUUGAGUACAUAUUGACGCUUUGCUGGUUUAUUUGCACUAGAUAAUAUGAAGCUGAUCAUAUAACAUGUUGGCUUGUGUAUGCAUCUGGACGUGAGCGUGGUGGGAGUGUGCGGUGAGCUUGCCGAUAAGAGAUUGAAAUAACUAUUUAGGAAAUUCUAAUAUACAGAAAGUUUAUUAACGAUAUAGUGGACAUGAAUUUGACCAUGUAUUUAUUUGUGGAGAGAGAAGGAGUUUUAAAUCUGUUCAAACUGGGAAUUCUGAAAUGGCGGAAUAAUCAGGGAAUUAACAAACAUGGCGGCCUGACUUAAGAAAAAUCGGGGUGAGAAAAAAGAAAAAAAAGUCAAGGUGGUCUUUGAUUGUGUGUCUCAUUGCCAAAUCUCAUGACAUCUCAGGCAGGAUUUGAUAGAUUGGAAAGCAGCCCAGUGGAAUCCUGGUGCAUGACACACGAGUUUUAGCAUGGAAAUAAUUACAUAAUGCAUUUUUAUCAGGAAGUGCAAAUGUCUGUCCUUCAGUAUCUGAUGUUAUAUUUUGUACAGAAUCAUUGUAGCGUGGGUGUUUGAAUACCUUACAUAAUGUCUUAACCUUAGGGGGAAUUGUAAAACCAUUACUGGCUUCCAUCAACCCUCCCGUUGAUUUAUGCCUUUAUGUAAUUUUAAGUGAAUGUCAUUUUUAAAGGAAUUUUAAUAAUAAACAUAAAUCAGAUAUAUGUGCACUGUGUAAUGAAAGAUUCUCUGUCAUAUCUGAUUACACAUGCCUUUCUUACAGAGCCUGUAUGUCUUCAAUAAAAAGAUUCUGGUACGU